GAGAGGGAGAGGGAGGGAGAUGCAGCAGCCGCCGCCGCCGCAGGCGCCGUCGCCGGCGAUUCCUCCGGCGAACAUCACCACAGAGCAGAUUCAGAAGGAUUAAGGAAGCUUUGUUCAUUAGAUGGAGAUAACAUUGAACUCAAUCCCGUCAGGAGUGUAUUGAAGACGACUAAGUUCCUUGUGACACUGAAUUGGCUAAAGCAAUGUUAUGUUGUGAAGAGACUGUUGAGUUGGCGAAAACCCCGCUCGGACUGUAUCUGGAUGAGAAUAAACAACUUAUUUUGGCAAUCUUGGACAACCAAAAUUUGGGAAAGCUAUCUGAAUGUGCUCAGUACCAAGCUCAGCUACAGAAGAAUUUACUAUACCUUGCGGCAAUCGCAGACGCUCAAUCGCAGUCACCUUCCGCUCGCCCUCAGAUGAUGCCCCAAGGGCCAAUAAUGCCGCCACAAGGAAGCGCAUACAUGCAACAAGCACAAAUUUUCCCUCCAAGGGCUCCUUUACAAUUUAACCCUCAACAAAUUCAAGAACAACAACUUCACCCCCCGCCAAAUGUGAUGCCUUUCCCGCCCCACAUGGCCAUGAGACCAAAUAAUGCCAUCAACGGCAUACAUGCCAUGCAUGCCGACCCAUCCCACGGCGGCAGCAGCGGUAGCGAGCUCCAGCCGCCUGCGGGCAUGGGAAAUAAGCCAGAAGCCGCGGGGGGAAGCUCGGAGCCUCCGGCUUCUGCUGGCGGGGAAAGCCAUCGGAGCUCGGGAGGCGAGAGCGAGAGCGGGAGCGGAGACGCAAAGCUACGCGAGAAGGCGUGAGAAGAUGCCGAGUAAUUUGUUUUUGAUGAAAUGGUUGUGUACUUCUACCAUGGCCCCAAAAAAAUGUAUGUGAGGAUCAUUUAUGCCCUUUUAUGAUCAGUGGCUCCGUACCUCUCGAUGCAUGAUGAAUGGUUGUGGUUUUAACCCAUUUUAAUUAUUCAGGAUUGAUAAUCUUUGACUUUGUUUUAUUUCGAACAAUACUGAAAUAUUAUAGUGGCGAAUUUAUGUAGUGUGAUCUAAUCUUAACCCUCCCUAGUUAAUGUAGUUUGAUUUGUGGAGUGUGACUCGAGUGUAAUAUAUUUUUGUAUCCUCCAAAGUGGCUGGUGUUUCAAGAAGCUGCUUCCUAUAUCUUUGAGUAGUAAAAUCA